UCUGGGUCGCUCUUAAAGGCGACGUGUGGCUGUCUGCUGCUGCGGAGAUCAGCUGCGAGGAGCUUUUUCUCAAAAAUGCUCCCCAAACUUCAGGGCCUGGAUGAACCGACAGGACCCGCCGCCCUCCGCUCGGUCAGAGGCCGGACUGUAACGGGCUCAGGUGUCAACUGAAAACGAUGCAGUCUGUGCCCAUGGAGGUGGGAAGCAGCAGCAGCAGCGGCUCAGUGGUUCAGGUUUGCUUCCCCGGCGCUCAGACCUCGGUGCUGGACAGCCUGAACCGGCAGAGAGAGGACGGCAGCCUCUGCGACCUCUCCAUCCAUGUCCAGGGGCAAGUGUUCAAGGCCCACCGCUGCGUCCUGGCUGCGUCCUCGCCUUACUUCCACGACCAGGUACUACUGAAGAACAUGUCCACGGUCUCCAUCCCGGCAGUGAUGGACCCGCUGGCGUUUGAGAGCGUGCUGAGCUGCGCCUACACGGGUCAGCUCCAGAUGCUCCGCGAUGACAUCGUCAACUACCUCACAGUGGGCAGCGUCCUGCAGAUGUGGCACAUUGUGGACAAAUGCACGGAGCUACUGAAGGAGGGCCGAGCCGCGGCGGCAGGAGGGAGCAGCGGAGGUGGAGGAGGUGGGGCUGUGCAGGAUGGAAUGAGUGGAGCUGGAGGAUCAGCCAACUCUGGCUGUAGCAGCAGCAAUGGUGACGGUGGAGCAGGUGGUGGUAAUGGAGCUGCUGGUGCUGGAAGUGUUGGUCAAGUCCAGGUUGUUGAGUCUAACGAGCCCCCGCGAGCCUCCCAGCCUCCUAGCCGCCCGUCGGUGAGCGAGAGCCAAUCACCCAGCAGCACCAACUACUUCAGCCCCAGGGAUGGGAGCAGCUUUGGGGGAGGUGGCGCGGCUGCAACGGGAGCUUCUGGGGAUGGAGGCGGGGCUAACAACACCCCCAGCUACUGCACUCCAUCAGGAGGCGAAGAAGCCUUCCUUAUUGAGGAGGAAGAGGAAGCCGAGGAGGAAGAGGAGGAGGUGCUGUACCAUCAAAGGAAACGAGGAAGCACAGGAGGAGGAGGAGGCAGCGGGAGGAGGAAGAAGAUGAGCUCAGUGUCAGAGCAGGAGGUCGGGGUCAGCGACAGCUUUGGGGUUUCAUCCUAUCAGGACGGAGAGGACUCUGCGUUGCCGCUGCAGAAGCGUCCCACCUACAGCCAGCCCAGCAUCAUGCCUCGCAAGCAGUGGGUGGUGGUGAAAACCGAACGGACAGAGGACGACGACCUGAUCGUGGUCUCCGGGGAGGAAGGAGGAGAAGACGAGGAGGAUGAGGAUGAGAGGGAGAUGGAGCUGGCACGAGAGCGGGAAAGGAGCAACUUCAACAUCUCAAACGUCAGGAGCCUUUCAGGCGAGCUCGGGGGCAGAGCGGAGAACGAUAUGGAGUCACAGGUCGACUACUGCCAGUCUUCAGAGGACUACCUCAAGUUUGAAGGAAGUCUCAUGGACCAAACUUUAGCGCAACACCUUCACGACGGCGCUGCAGGUCAGAACCAGAACGCUAACCGGGCGGUUUCGGCGCUGCUGGGUCAGGUUCAGUCUGCAGCCUCGGCCCGGGCUCAGCUCUUCCCACUGGACAUGCAGGGAAACCAGAUCCUGCUGUACAGCCAGGCCUCCGGACUCCCGCUGGAUGCUAGCGCGCCGCCUCUGGGGAUGGCAGGCGGUAUGAUCGGAGGGUCGUCCUUCAAAGGUCCCAGUAUGGAGCACGGUGCAGUCCACCUGUCGGUGCAGGGUGGUUUGGGGGUGGAUGGCGCAGAGAGCGGAGGAAUUGGAGGCGGAGGCGGCAACAGUGGCGGCGGCUCUGGGGGUUCAGGGAAAGUGUUCAUGUGUCACUGCGGUAAGACGUUCACCCACAAGAGCAUGAGGGACCGCCACAUUAACAUGCACCUGGACCUGCGGCCCUUCCACUGCCCCGUCUGCGCCAAGAAGUUCAAGAUGAAGCAUCACCUCACCGAGCACAUGAAGACGCACACGGGCCUGAAGCCGUACGACUGCCUCGGCUGCGGCAAGAAGUUCAUGUGGCGCGACAGCUUCAUGAGGCACCGCUCGCACUGCGAGAGGCGCAGCGGGCUGGGAGAGAGCGGCGAAGGUGGAAGCGGCAGCGAUGGAGGGAGGAGAGGUGGAGGAGGAGGUGAGGAUGGUCCAGAUCUGAUUUCCUCCCCUCACCUCCUCCUGUCUGCAGGUGAGGGUGGGCAGGGAAGCGUCCUGGGAGGUGGCGCGAGGGGAGGAACGUCAGUGUUGUCCCCGCAGCACGGCGGCCUCUCAGCCGCAGGAAGUGGCGGCGGUAACAGCAGCAUGAGUAACAGCAGCAGUGCCGCUCUGAGCAACAACAUGGCCGCUGCUGCAGGGGCGCUCCUCGGGGCGAUCUCCCAGAGCCAGGGUCAGGGAUCUGUGAUGUUUGGCGGUCUGGGGUUGGGUCGGGGUGCGUGUGAGGAAGACGUGUGCGAGGUCAGUGCCAAUGAAAGUAGCGUGACUUAAACCAAAAUGUGUGCCGAAUCCAACGGGCGCCUCUUUCCAAGCAAACAGCUGCUGGUUCCUGCUGCUGCUCUGAAAAGAAGAAGAAGCUCAGUGAGAAACUCUGAAACUCUUUUAACUGCCGACAGGCUUCAAACAGAGGUCGAGUAAAAAACAGGCGAGGCUCCCGUUGGACACGCACAACCUGAAGGACCUCCAGGGAAACGAGACUUUGACUUCCACUCAUCUGCUGUGGCGUUUCUGAGACAAACGUGUGAAACUUGUU